UUCAUGAAAACAAUUCCGUGGUUGCCAAAUAACUUUGCCAAUUGUUUUUACUUUACAUCCACGGAAGUCUACUGUUAAAUGGCGCAGGUGGCAUUCCUCGAUAACUUGCUGAGAGAAUAUCUCGUGUUUCGAGGCUUCUCCAGCACUUUAAAGGCGCUGGACCUGGAGCAGCGCACCGAGAAGGACCAACACUUUCGGGCCGAGCGCAUCUUGGAGCAGUUUACCUAUGCCGUGCAGACUUACGACCUGCACGGGCUACGUACCCUUUGGCUACACCUGGACAAUAAUCUGUUUACCAAGCUGGACCACACCUACGCCGUGGCCGUAAAGAAACUGGAGAACAGUCUGCUCAAAUUCUAUCUGGUGACGGCCUACAGCAACAACAAGUCGGACAAGAUAUCAGAGUUCUUCAACAAGAUGGCAGGCGAGCUGCAGCAGCAGAGCGAGUGGAAGGAUUGGUUCUAUUUCCCGUUCUGCAAGAACGCAGAGGAGUCGCCCAGCUUUGCUCUUUACUUUACCAAGCAGUGGCAGGACACGUCGCUGUUGUCGCUUCGCAACUUCCUCACAACCGUCUAUCAGUGCUUGCCACAGCCCACGUUUGUGCGCGCCGAGCAGGAAGCCGCCCAUAUGCAACGUCUCAACGAGGACAACACAGGUCUGCGCUCUCGCCUUCUACAUGCCCAGCAAGAGCUGCAGCAGCAGGCGCAGCAGCAGCCAGUCAGCGGUAGCUCGCACAACCUGAGCGGUGACAGCAGCACGAGGCGUCGCAGCGUUUAUCGGCAUCAGCAGAGCCUAAACGACAUCUUGCCCUUCGACAUUAGUCCGCCAGGGCACAUAGUCGACGACUUCUGCAUCAUUGCUUCCGAGGCGAACAGUGUGGGCCAGGCGAGUGACGCGCAGGCUCGCGGACUCAAGCUACUAAUACGCAAUAUUGGAUCUGGGAGCUCGCCAGUACUGGGACGCAAGGAUCAGGCCUCCAGCUCGGUCGGCGACAAGUCGACCAAGCGCAGAUCCGGCAGCGUGGGCCGCAGUUGGAUAUAGUGAUAGUGAUAGACGCAUUCAAGCAUACAGACCAGUGUGUAUGUGUGUACUGCCUGUUCUCUGGGUGUUAUUCAAUGUAUUUAUUGAUUAGCAAUUCUCCUUAGCUCGUAGUAGACGUACAAAAGAAAGAGCAAUGCGUGUAGCGUAAUACAUAAUUGCAAUAAAUAAUGUAAAAUUACAAAUAAAUAUAAUAUAAUUGUAUAGACGA